AGAAACAACACUGCAAUGACGCCAUUAAGAUAAAGUUUUUGUUUGUAAUUUAUUUUAUUUGAAUUGAAUUUUUAAUAAUUGUUAACGAUAUGAAAUUGUAAAAAUAUAAUCAUCAAAUAUGAAUACAUCAGCAGCAGAGAAUACAAAGGUUAUUGACUUGGAACAUUUACAGCAAUUGAGUUAUGAACGUUCAAAAUUGUGGGCCACUUUUCUGGAUAACAUACAAGAAUCGGAAAAUCAAUGUGAAAUUCCAUUGGAUCAUAUGGAAGAUUAUGUGGGCGAUAUUCCCGAAGAAGAGGAUGAAGAUGCAUUAGCUUCUAUGGAGGAUGAAAACUACGACGACAACGUAGAUCCAGAAGCUUUAAGGGACAUUACCAAUUCAACGCGUCUGUCGUUAAUGGUGGGCGGUACUAACAAAUCAACUUUAUUGCCAGAUUCUACGUGCAAUGGAGUGAAUAAUGAUUUGAUUGGAAUGCUCAAUGAAACGUUGCCAGUUAUAAAUGAACACAAUCGUCAACUGAGGGAAUCAGGAUUCGAUCGUAUUUUGAACACAUUUGAUGCCAAGAAAAUCGAAGAAAAAGUUGGCGGAUGGCUUAGAAGACAUAAUUCCUUGUGUGGUGGCAAUGGUGGAGAUUUCUCGAUGACUACCAGCAGUGAGAGGAGAGCAGAAGUCCACGGCAGUGUUAAGAAUAAAAGGGGAAUAGAAAAACAACAUCAUCUACCAGUUCCUUGUAUUCCAUUCAAUACGUACCAACAAGAAGAUGAAAGUGAUUCGGAUGCUUCCUUUAAUUCUGGUGAAACUGCCCGUUACAUAAAAUCCAGCAGAAGUGGUAAUAUAAGAAACUCUGCCUCCACCACCAUGAUGAUAAAAACAUAUAGAAUGGUGAAGAGUACUCGUCAGGCAUUAAGGGAUAAGUAUGGUUAUGAUCCAAAUGAUCUCGUAGAUUCACAUCUAAAUGAACUAAAGCUGCGUCGUAGAUUGGCAAAGAAGACAGCUUCACAUCAUCAUUAUAAUGAUGUACAUCAUUCGGCAAGGUCACACAAAAUGCCAAUGUAUCAUCAAUAUAUGACACCGACAACGCAUAUUACCCAAUCAAGGCGUAAAGUGUUAAGAAAACGCACGACAAGUAAUAGCUUUAGCACGAUGGACGAAUCAUCUUCAGACUCGGAUAGUUGCUAUGACAAUGGAGGUAGAAACUAUCAUCGAAAAUACAAAAUGUGUUGUACCGAACGUUAUUGUUCACGAUAUAUACCGGGACAUUUAUUGAUGCCUAAUCCAACCCCUGUAACGGCCACAGUAAAACGAUCGCAGUACCGUAGCCAUAGGACACCAAUUUGUGCACGAAAUGAUCAAAUGCUUUACUAUUAUCAAUCACAUUCACAUUCCAUGCAAUCUCCACCAUCCCCCCAUGAGUUCCGGAAACCUGUUGCGAAAAAGUCGUUAAAACGUUUAGACAAUCGUCCAUGUAGAAAGGAAUCAGAAUGUCGCUGCUGUGGUCAGAAAAGACUGUGCAAGGAAUAUAAGCAUUUAGCAGACACGUCUACCGAAGAAUGGAUAGUUGAAAACAGUUUUUCGCCGGAAAAAGAAUCUGGUAUUUUCACAUCAACUCAGUUAACCACAUCAGGGAAAAAUUCGAAACCAAUAGAAGAAAAAGGAAAGGAUGACUCUUCUAAUGAAGUAGACAUUUCACAACAGGAUUACAACCACCAAACGAUUGUAGAUCUAAAAUCAUCGAAAAAAGUUGGAGAAACACCAAAACUUGCUCCUGUGGAGGAAGAAAAGUCACACAGUAGGGAAAUGCAGUUGCAGAAAAAAAGUGAAGGAAAAUGUGUUGACAAAAAUGAAGAUGAAACCUCCGACUUAAAAGCUAAUGAGAACAAAAGUUCAAACAAAACGGAAGAUAAUCCAAAACAAAAACCUAGACAAAAUGUUUCCAAGAAUGUUACUAAAAAGAAGACAAAGUCAAAAAAGGAAUUAAAUGUACCCAAUGAUAGCUUUCAAUUGGAACUUCAAAUUGCCCUCAAAGAAUCCGAAGAGCUCUACAAGAAAGAACAAAUGAGAAAUGUUAAAGGACAACCGCAAGAAGCAAAUGUAGAAAUUGACCUUGACGAUCCUAAAACAAAUGCGGAAGAAACGUAUACGGAUUUCAAAGUUGUUUACAAUUCAACUACAGUUGCUAAAAACAAAGCAGACGAAGCUGCUAUACCCAAGGGAAGCUCAGUUAAAAAGACAAAAACUAGUAAGAAAGAUCUCUCAAAGAAUGGAGUUCCGGAAGCACCUCUAAAAGAGAUGGAUAUGGAAAAAUGUGAUAGCAUUUCUAAAUCAAAUGCAAAUAUAUCCAAAGCUAAGGAAAGAAAAACUAAAAUGAAUAACAAUAAAAAGGACAAGGCAUCGGAAGGAAAUGAUAAGGAGAAGAACUCUAAUGUCAUAGAAAUAGCGAACAGUCAUAAAAUACCGAAGUCAUCCGAAGGAACAGAACAGCUGCAGGAAAAUUCUAUGAGAGAUCAGACAGCAACAAAGGUCCACAUCUCAAUUACUGUGGAGGAAAAAGAAGCAGUGGACCAGGAAUGUGAUGAAGAUAAGAAAACAUCAAUUUCAAGUUUUCAAAAUCAUCAAAUUAAUGAUUUCAAAGUGGUUGAAAACAGUAAAUUCCAUAGUACAGAAGGAAAAGGUGAAAACAAUAGGAAAAGAACUAAAAACUUGUCUUUGAGUAAACCUAAAUCUAAAUGCAAAGCUGCGCAUUUGAAUGAGGUCAUUUCCGAAAAUAAAGAAUCUCAACGAGGGAGGGAUAUUGAAACUAACAACGAUACAAACAUUUCUAGGUUGGUUGAGACCAGACAUCAGCUGGAGAAUAACACUUCUAAUGAGAUACCUUUAAAGAAACCCGAUUCGAAAACGAAAGUAAAGGAAAAAACUAAUAAAAAUAAUGUUGAUCCAUCUGUUGCAAAAAAGAGACAAAAAAGGAAAAAGGAAAAUUCCAAAUCGGUGAAAUCCUCCCACAAGUCAAGUCCCACACAGAGUCCGAACACUUCUGAUGAUGAAAUUCCUGCCAAGUUGAAACAAAAUGAUGAAACAAUAACUCACAACAAAAAGAAGGAUAAUUCAUCGAACAACAAUAGUAGUAGCAACAAUGCGAACGUUACAUCGACAACCAUGCAACACUCUCCAUACCCGGAAAUAGAAUAUAAAUCGCGUUACAGACGUAAAGCACUAAAAGAUUCCAACAGUGAUAAAAAUGACGAUAUCGAUUGCACUGUAGUAUCAUCUACAACCGCGAAUUUAGAGCCUCCCGCACACGAGGAAAUAACAAAUGAACAAAGCCAACGUGGCGAAUCAAACUCUUCCUCAAAUGCCACUAUUAAGGAACUGAACAUUCCCACAAACUACUACACGCCCAACAAAGGCAUACUCAUCUAUGCUCCACACAAAUCGUCAUUGGCUCCACCACAAAGCUUUAGCCAAGACGGCGCUUCUUUCAUUAUAACCCAUGAACAUUUAAGUCGUGUCAUUGGACAUAAAGCUGCCACAAAAUUUCUCAAAUAUUACAUAGGUCGCCGACGUUUCAAUAGCAAAUCGACAAUUUAUUUUAAACCACCCUCAAAUGGAAUAGUGCCGGACACUAGUGAGGAUUCAUCUAGCGACGAUGAUGAUUUGGAAUACAUUGGCCAAUAUGGUGAUCUAUAUGAGUCAUUUGGCGGUGGUGGCGCUGGUUCAAAUCAUGAUAGUGGAGCACAUAAGCAGUCUUAGGUAAUAAGUGUAUGUGUGGCUUUUAUCGUUAAGUUUUAAUUUUAAUAAACGUUUUUUUUAUAUUUUAUAUGAAAUAAAUGUUUUUUUUAUACAUUUUUA